GCAGGUCCUUGCCGGAUAUAGUAUUUAGCCAUUACCGUGCGUGCGCUAGGGAGAUCGUGGAGAGGAAACAGAAAUGAUCGUGGAGACCCAGGCAGAAGAGAGCCCGGACAAGGGGAAGCUGGGGGACCCUGUGCAGGCAGAGGCUCAGCAGUUACAGGAGCAGAGCACUGGAGGGCAAGGAAAGGAGCUUCCAGCUAGGAAGAGGGAAGCUCCAGCCCAGUCUCCCAGGCAGAUCCCUCAGGGGAAGCCGAAAUCUGGAAGAGUCUGGAAGGAGAACAAAAAGAGGUUCUCCAACAUGGUAAUGGAUCGUCCACUACACACUUCAUGGGAGGUGAAGAUGAAGCAAAGGCAGGAGAAAAAGGUGGUCCAAAGCUUAGCCCAACAAAUAAAGGAUGAAAAGCUGCGAGAGAAGGAGGAGAAAAAGAAACGUCGAGAAGAGAACCUGAGACGUAGGUUGGAAAAUGAGAGGAAAGCUGAGGUGGUACAAGUGAUCCGAAAUCCAGCCAAACUGAAGAGGGCCGGCAAGAAGCAGCUACGUAAUAUAGAGAAGAGAGACACACUGAUGAUGUCACAGGCCGGGAAGAAGCUGUCCCAGAAAAAGAGUGCACCUUCCAAGGCAACAAAAGAAAAGGGGGCCAUUUCGCGAUGAAGUUGAUUUACUAGGCCUUCAGUGAUGAUGGACAUAAAGCGCCUGCUGGGCCACCAUCUUGUUGUGACAAGAAGGGGAGAGCGUGCAGAUUUGAAGAUUUGCGUAACCAGUGACAUAUAUGUCUCUGUGUUUCAGAUGUUCUAUGUGACUACUGAAUUCUGCUCCUAUGUAACCAACCCAUUUGCUAUUACAGCUCGUUCUUUCUGGCCGUUUAAUUAAACGGAGGGAAAUAAUUGUUACCACUUGGUAAUGUUUGAAUAUGUUUAAUUAAAAACGCAGGUCCCAUGUAUUAAACUCCAUCUUCCAAUGUAA